CUCACUUGGACAUAAGCUCCAUGAGAGCAGGACAUUGUCUGCCCUUAGUCACUGCUGUACUCAGCACCUGGCACAGUGCCUGGUCCACAGUAUCUGUUGAAUAAGUGAAAGAAGGAACUGCCUUCUGUGGCUGGGUCAAGCUGCUCGCCCUUACUUCUUUCUUUCCCUUGGUUAUCACCUGAGUCUACCCAACACACUCAAGUAUGACUGAAUUCCAAAAGCAGCCCUAGAUUAAGGAAUAAUUUGCUAGAAGCCUUCCCCAUCUCUGAAACAAACAGGCUUCCCACAGGUCUCCUCUGCCUCCCUGGGAGAAGGGUCAGGCUCUUUCAGGCUCAAGCUGUGACUCUUCAUCACAUGCACACUUUGUGUCACUGAAUCCUUAUAAGAACCUAUGAGGUAGGAACUGCCACCCCUCUUUUAUAGAUGAACAAACUAAGCCUCAGAGUGGUUUCCCACCUAAAAAAUAGUAGAGCUGGGACUUGUACUCAGCUCAACCAGGCACCAAGGUGUAGGUUGUUUUUGCCUCAUCAGAGAGAGGAAAGGGCUUGCUUAAGGUCACACAGCAUCAGCCUCAGAGCCAGAACUAAAAUUUCUGUCUCUUGACUCCUGCCAGGCCAAGAGAAAGGUGUGUACCAAGGCUGUAGCUCUUAGGGUGAUGACUACAAAUGGGCACAAAGUGAAGCUGCUGUAGGAGCUAGGAGAGUUGUUUAAGGAGCGUUAAAAAAAAAAAAAAAAACAGGGGCUGAGGCCAGAAGCCCUGAGGGCCAGGGCAUUAGGGGGUGGGCAGAGGGAGAGGAGGCCACAAAGGGCCCACAGAUGCCAACCUUGCGGUGGUCCGGAGGGCCUCUCUCCCUCUGCAGUUUUGGCUGUCUCGAGAGGAACCAGCUGCCCCAGCAGGGAGGCAGGAAGGCUGGCCUGUUGCCUGUCAGCUCCUAUUUCUUCUAGAUCACUGGCCCCCUGGCGCCUCCCAGGGCCACCUUCUGCUCAGAACAGCUAGGGGCUGGGCUCUGGGGCCUGUGAAAGAACAGGGGCACUCUGAGCUGGACCUGUGGUACAUACACUUCAGGAGCCUACAACUUCUGUCCUUUCUCCAGUCCCACCCACAUGGAGGACAGAGAGAUUACUGUAGUGGGUAGGCAGAGAGCCAGGCACCUGGAGUCUACUCUGACUUGCUGUGUGAACUUCAGUGAGACUCUUCUCCUCUCCAGGCCACAAUUUCCCCAUCUAUAAAAUCAGGCUGGGCAAUUUUCUUGGAAGAACAGCCUCUUGACUGUGAGUGGCAUUUCUUCUGAUUUUUCCUUUUCUCUUCAGGGAACAUUUUUCUUGGCCAGUCUAAAAAACAACACAGGAAAGAGAGUUUAUUGCAGUGGGAAAGAAUAUUGGCCAGGGCCCCAUCUUGAUAGCCCAAAAUGGGUGAUUUGAAUUUUACUGGAUAUGGAGUGUCCCAGAACAACUCCUAAGCAUAGUCUCUGUGCUGAAAAUGAAGAUGUUUGUGAUAAGCUUCUGUGGAAAGUUUUCUGUUUGCCCAAGGCAGCAGUAUAGCCAAGGGGACAGAUUUCGGAUUGGAGAAUGGCUAAAUCAUGUCCUAACUUUGGGGUUCUGUCACUUACUAGUGGCAUUACUUAAUCUGUCUCCAUCUCAGUUUUCUCUUCAGGAGAAUAGGGCUAGAUACACAAACUUGACAGGGUGCCUGGCGAGGUUCCAGCAGAGGCACCCACAGGGAGCCCAGCCUGGGGUUUGGGCCUAAGGAGUGACUGACAGCUCUGAGCUCUUCAGGCCACUUCCUCUUAUGCGGAGUUCCCAGCCCUCCUGGGGGAGCAGGGGAAGGAGCAAAGUUUCCAGUUGCAGCCUGGCCUGCUUCCUGGCCCCGCCUCCUUGAUUCCUCCUUCUAGGGAAAGGCUGGGGAGGAGGGGGUGGUGACACGGUGGAGGCACUGGCUGGGCCAGGGGGCCUGCCCUUGGGACAGGUCCAGACCUAUGGAGCCCCCCUGGAGGAGCAGCAGCCUUCUCCUUUCCCCUGCCCAACUAACUCUCACCCCCUUGUCCCUAUCACCUACCCUGCCACUCCCCUCCCUGUCUCUCUUUCUGUCUCUCUCUCUCUUUCUGUCUCUUGCUGUCUCUCAGGUCCACAGCGUCUCAUACUCUACACCAGUAUUGCUGUCCUACUCAGGUCCUUGACUCCAUGAAGCUUACCCCCUCAGGCAGGCUGGCAGACAGCAGUGUGGAGGGUGAUGUCCCAGGCAGUGACCUGAGCACAGCGGUUGAUAGUCCUGGGAGCCAACCCCCCUACCGGCUGAGCCAGCUGCCCCCCACCAGCAGCCACAUGGGGGGCCCCCCAGCUGGGGUGGGCCUUCCCUGGGCCCAGCGGGCACGCCUGCAGCCAGCCAGUGUGGCCCUGAGGAAGCAGGAGGAGGAGGAGAUAAAGCGCUCCAAGGCCCUGUCUGACAGCUACGAACUCUCCACAGACCUGCAAGACAAGAAGGUGGAAAUGCUGGAAAGGAAGUAUGGGGGCUCCUUCCUGAGCCGCAGGGCUGCCAGAACCAUCCAGACAGCCUUCCGCCAGUACCGCAUGAACAAGAACUUCGAGCGGCUACGCAGCUCAGCUUCAGAGAGCCGCAUGUCCCGCCGUAUCAUCCUGUCCAACAUGCGGAUGCAGUUCUCCUUUGAGGAGUAUGAGAAGGCACAGAACCCCGCGUACUUCGAGGGCAAGCCUGCCUCGCUGGACGAGGGUGCCAUGGCUGGUGCCCGGAGCCACCGGCUUGAACGGGGGCUCCCAUAUGGAGGUUCCUGUGGUGGGGGCAUCGAUGGUGGUGGAAGCUCUGUCACCACAUCUGGAGAGUUUUCUAAUGACAUCACAGAGCUUGAGGACUCCUUCUCCAAACAGGUGAAGUCUCUGGCUGAAUCCAUCGACGAGGCCCUGAACUGCCACCCAUCAGGGCCCAUGUCUGAAGAGCCAGGGUCAGCCCAACUAGAGAAACGGGAGUCAAAAGAACAGCAAGAGGACAGCUCGGCCACAUCCUUCAGUGAUCUUCCCCUCUACCUGGAUGACCCAGUUCCCCCGCCAUCCCCUGAGCGACUGCCCAGCACAGAGCCCCCACCCCAGGGCCGGCCUGAGUUCUGGGCACCAGCCCCCCUCCCACCAGUUCCUCCACCAGUGCCACCAGGGACCCGGGAAGAUGGUAGCCGUGAGGAAGGCACUCGCAGGGGUCCUGGGUGCUUAGAGUGCCGGGAUUUCCGGCUGCGGGCUGCCCACCUUCCCCUGCUUACCAUUGAGCCUCCUAGUGACAGCUCUGUGGACCUGAGUGACCGCUCAGAUCGCGGCUCUGUCCACCGCCAGCUGGUGUAUGAGGCUGAUGGUUGCAGCCCCCAUGGGACCCUGAAGCACAAGGGGCCACCAGGCAGGGCCCCGAUCCCACACCGCCACUACCCAGCCCCUGAGGGCCCAGCCCCAGCCCCACCAGGGCCCCUGCCACCAGCCCCCAACAGUGGCACUGGGCCCAGUGGUGUAGCUGGGGCUCGGAGGUUGGGGAAGUGCGAGGCAGCAGGCGAGAACUCUGAUGGUGGAGAUAAUGAGAGCCUCGAGAGCUCCAGCAAUUCCAAUGAGACCAUCAACUGCAGCUCCGGCUCCUCUUCUCGGGACAGCCUGAGAGAGCCUCCAGCCACUGGCCUGUGCAAGCAGACUUACCAGCGGGAGACACGGCACAGCUGGGACUCACCAGCCUUCAACAAUGAUGUGGUACAGAGGCGGCACUACAGAAUCGGCCUCAACCUCUUCAAUAAGAAGCCAGAGAAGGGUAUCCAGUAUCUGAUCGAGCGGGGCUUCCUGUCAGACACACCGGUGGGAGUGGCUCACUUCAUCCUGGAGCGGAAAGGCCUCAGCCGCCAGAUGAUAGGGGAAUUCCUGGGGAACCGGCAGAAGCAGUUCAACAGAGAUGUGUUGGACUGUGUGGUGGAUGAGAUGGACUUCUCUUCCAUGGAUUUGGAUGAUGCACUUCGGAAGUUCCAAUCCCACAUCCGGGUUCAGGGUGAGGCCCAGAAAGUGGAGCGACUCAUCGAAGCCUUCAGCCAGCGAUACUGUGUCUGUAACCCAGCCCUUGUACGCCAGUUCCGGAACCCAGACACCAUCUUUAUCCUUGCUUUUGCCAUCAUCCUCCUCAAUACUGACAUGUACAGUCCUAGCGUCAAGGCUGAACGAAAGAUGAAACUAGACGACUUCAUCAAGAACCUGAGAGGGGUUGACAAUGGUGAGGACAUCCCCCGUGACCUCCUGGUGGGCAUCUAUCAGCGCAUCCAGGGGCGUGAACUGAGGACCAAUGAUGACCACGUGUCCCAAGUGCAGGCUGUGGAGCGCAUGAUUGUUGGCAAGAAACCAGUCCUGUCUCUUCCUCACCGUCGACUGGUUUGCUGCUGCCAACUCUACGAGGUGCCAGAUCCAAACCGCCCCCAGAGGCUGGGGUUGCAUCAGCGGGAGGUCUUCCUCUUCAAUGAUCUCCUUGUGGUCACCAAAAUUUUCCAGAAGAAGAAGAUCUUGGUGACAUACAGCUUCCGUCAGUCCUUUCCCCUCGUGGAAAUGCACAUGCAACUCUUCCAGAAUUCAUAUUACCAGUUUGGGAUCAAGUUGCUGUCCGCAGUACCUGGUGGGGAGCGAAAGGUCCUCAUCAUCUUCAAUGCCCCUAGCCUCCAGGACAGGCUGCGCUUCACGUCCGACCUGCGCGAGUCCAUCGCGGAGGUGCAGGAGAUGGAGAAGUACCGUGUGGAGUCGGAGCUGGAGAAGCAGAAAGGUAUGAUGCGGCCUAACGCCUCACAGCCCGGAGGGGCCAAGGAUUCAGUGAAUGGGACGCUGGCCCGCAGUAGCCUGGAAGAUACUUAUGGUGCAGGCGAUGGGCUCAAACGGGGCGCACUCAGCAGUUCCCUGCGAGACCUCUCGGAUGCAGGGAAGCGGGGGCGGCGUAACAGCGUGGGAUCGCUGGACAGCACCAUCGAAGGGUCUGUUAUUAGCAGUCCACGCCCUCACCAGAGGAUGCCACCUCCGCCCCCACCCCCGCCGCCAGAGGAGUACAAGAGCCAGAGGCCCAUCUCCAACUCCUCAUCCUUCCUGGGCUCCCUAUUUGGAAGCAAGCGGGGCAAGGGGCCCUUCCAGAUGCCACCACCGCCAACAGGCCAGGCCUCUGCCUCCUCUUCAUCUGCUUCUUCCACCCACCACCACCACCACCACCACCACCACGGUCACAGCCACGGUGGCCUGGGGGUGCUGCCUGACGGGCAGUCCAAGCUCCAGGCCCUGCAUGCCCAGUAUUGCCAAGGACCAGGCCCUGCCCCGCCGCCCUACCUCCCUCCCCAGCAACCCCCUCUACCCCCACCCCCUCAGCAGCCCCCUCCCCUGCCCCAGCUGGGCUCCAUUCCACCACCUCCCGCCUCAGCCCCACCUGUGGGGCCACAUCGCCACUUCCAUGCCCAUGGCCCAGUCCCAGGGCCCCAGCACUAUACCUUGGGCCGGCCAGGCAGGGCCCCCAGGCGGGGAGCUGGAGGACACCCUCAGUUUGCUCCACAUGGCCGCCACCCCCUCCACCAACCCACGUCCCCAUUGCCCCUGUACAGUCCUGCCCCCCAGCACCCUCCAGCCCACAAACAGGGCCCUAAGCACUUCAUUUUUAGUCACCACCCACAGAUGAUGCCAGCAGCAGGCGCUGCCGGGGGCCCUGGAUCCCGGCCACCAGGAGGCUCCUACUCACACCCCCACCACCCCCAGUCACCAUUGUCACCACACUCACCCAUCCCACCCCACCCCUCCUACCCACCCCUGCCCCCACCCUCACCUCACACCCCGCACUCACCCCUGCCACCCACCUCUCCCCACGGCCCGCUGCACGCCUCUGGGCCCCCUGGCACAGCCAACCCACCCAGUGCGAACCCCAAGGCCAAGCCAAGCCGGAUCAGCACCGUGGUCUGAUGAAUGAAGAGAGUGAGCUGGGGAACAGGACGUUCUGGGGAAUCCACAGGAGAGGGACCUUGCACCCUCUCUGCUUCCUCAGUUUUUUCAGAAAUAUAUAUAACAUAGCAAUGUCCUCCUCCCCACUUCCUCCCUGUCUUGGGGCCCUUCUCUAACCCCCUGCGGUUGCCAUGGGGUUUCCUUCCUGAUUCAAAGACCCUUGCCACUUGAAUCCUGGACUCAGGGUGCUCCAGUGCUGGGGAGUGGUGAGGGCUUUUCAGAGAUCCUUUUUCUCUUUUUCCUGUCUUCCUCUGCACCUGCCCUUUCCCUGGAGGUCUAGCUCUGUGGCCUCAGACCUCCAGGCCAGUGUGAGCUCCCUUUCAACUCUGGCUGGUGGAGAAGGGCAGGCGUCCAGAGCUGGAGGGGUGAAGGCUUCCCUAGGGCUCCUCUGGCCGUGUGGGGCUAGGAGAGCGCUCUGUAGAGUUGUGGCCAAACCUCAGUUGGCUCAGCCCUCUCUCUGACCUCAGGGCCUGGCCACACACCUCCAUGUGUCCUUCUGUCUGAUGGAGGACACAGACUGUCAAUGCACUUGGUGGGUGGGACCCCGCUUGUGUUGGCCCCAAAUGGGGCAGUGCUUCCUCUCUCGAGCCAGUCUAUGCUCUCUCUCCAGUAGGCCCCAGCCCAGACCUCUUUGGCUUCAGGAACUUGCCUCGCCCUGCAAUGUUCUUAUCCUCCUGAUCAAAGUCCAGACAGGUUUUGGGGGAGCUCAGGUCUGGGAUGAGAAGGGCACUGCCCUCCCUCACCCAUAUUGCAUGCCCCCCCUCAUUCUCUUACACCUACCCCCCUACAACUGAAGACAAUGCACUUUACAGAUAUUGCCCACACACACCUCUCUGGGGCAGGGCACCCAGCAUCGGCCCUGGGGAGAGAUGCUCCCAGAGGGCCACUAUGAGCCCAAGAUGUCCUUCCUGAGGCAGAGAUUGAAGCCAUCAGAGCCGGGGCUGGGAGCCAGGAUGCCUGAGUCCUUCUGUCCAUCAAAAUCUCCGCUGCCUCUCCAGCCCUUUUGCAGCCUGUUUAUUUAUUAUAAAUAUAUUUUUUACAAGCCCCAGCUCCUCUUCUUGCCCCGCAUAUCCAGCUCCUUUCUCAGCUCCUGCCUCCUUCUCCUCUCUCCACCACCGGCUGCAGUACAGACAGAUAGACAGACAGACAGAUGGACCCUGGCCGUACAAAGGGCCAGGGACCCUGGGGCUUGGGGGCAGGGGAGGGUGGCAGUGGGAGGGACUGUAUGGAGAGGAGCUGGGGUUCAGGCAUUGUCUUUUUUCCUCCUUGUAUAUAAGAAUGUAUAUUUGAUGCCUCAUAAAAGACCUUGUGCUCACC